CCCAUGAUUUUGGAAUGACAUGUUCAACAAACAGGUGUCCACAUACUUUUGGACAUGUAGUGUAUCUUACCUGACUGAGCACUUUGUUAGCGCAGGCUGCAGCUGAUUAGAAAACAUACUAAUCAGUAACAGCCUAAUGAAAUUAGGAGCCAACUGAAUUCACAUGAUGAAAGGUUGGUCACUGUCUGGCAAAGAUCGAUCACAUGCUGUGGAAAGCAUAUAUAAGGGUUGACCUAAAGUAAACUGAAUGCAACAUCUGUAGUGGCAUGCAGAACAAUGUUUCCUGUAACCAUUUCAAUUAGCCUUAUCCUGUGCCUGCAGUCGGCUCACAUGCACCUCGUUUUCUGUAACACGUGCUUUGUUUACACAGGCAGCCCAAUUCUGAUAUUUUUUUCACUAAUUUGUCCUUUGACCUAUCAGAUCCCAAAAAAUAUCUGAUGGGAAAAGAUCUGAAGUGAUUGGGCAAAAGGCCAAGUAGUGGAAACAAUUUCAGAAUUGGGCUGCCUGUGUAGAUGUAGCCUAUAGCCAAUUUUUCUGUCACGUUUGAAAAGUGGUGCCUUUAGAUGUUAGGCCAAGCCAAUAAGAUUUCCCUAUGUAUGGUGUCAUUGUAGACCCAAUUGUUUUGAAUAUUUGCUGUACAGGCUAACUUGUCACCUUCUCUUGAAUUGUACCAUUUCUUGCUGGUAUUCUGACUGUAAGGAAGAGAAAGUUAGAUCUGAACCUUGUGAGAAGUGGUUUCUUAUUUGACUGGAUGUAGCCUAAACCACUCUUAUAGUCUGUUUUCUGUCCACAUGUUUUUGUGACAACAGUCUGACCCUCUGCAUCCCAGCGUCAAACCCAUGACUGAUUCUGACUUGGAAAGGAGCUGUGAAUUUGUUUGUGGUUUAAACAUUCAAGAGGUGGCAGAGAAUGAAUGCUUCUGUCACCUGCAGCUGUCAGGCUACACGCACUGAGGUUUUUCCUAUCUUUUUUUACAGGGGGUGAGCUCAGGUCUGAUUAGCCUAUUACAAGAGAGAAUCCAUUUUCUAAAAUGGAAAUGAGCUUAUAUGGGAUCAUAGACUACAUGGCUAUUAUAACAAACUCCUUUUUUUUGCAGACAACUCUAGUUCCUUUAAAUUAGCACGUGUAGAUUUAUGAGGAGGCGGCACCACUUAAGUAAAGUAUGACACGUCAUUCGCAUGGAUUUUCUUAUUUUUGGACAUCUAACCAAACCCACUGAUACAUUACUUUUAGUAGCCUAAAACAGUGUAGGCUAGCAAUAUAUAAAUGACAUGGUCGUUUAAGGUGCAAUGCUAUUUUGUGGAUUGAAGAGACAUUUGUCAUGUAUGAGAUAUUCAUUUUAGGUCUAGUUAUGUUUGCAGUGUUUAAUAGUAAUGCAGUAGACUGUUGUAUGAUAAUUUCUCACCUGAGUUUAUUUUGUGUUUUGCAUGAUUUGUUUAUCAUUUCCGUAGACAACUGAAAGAAGCUGUCAAUAUCUAGGCUAUGUCACGAGCUGCUGGGCAGGGUUUAGGCUACUGUGUAACUUACUGAGUGGUGAUUGGAGGGAGCAGCGAUUUACUUUCCUAUGUUUGUACAGUGCUGAGUCUGCGCCCACACAGACACCACAUAGACUGACACACCCGGCUCCAGUAUAUAAUAGUGCUGCUCAUUCACUUGCCAAUCCAGUCCUCCCACAUCCUGCUGCUCUCCCUCACUCGCACAUCUACUGAAAGUGACUGAAGCUAUGGCAGGACCCAGGCCAGUGGUGCUGAGUGGCCCGUCGGGGGCUGGGAAGAGCACGCUGCUCAAGAAGCUACUCAAGGAGUACGAGGGCAUCUUUGGCUUCAGCGUCUCACACACAACAAGGAGCCCUCGUCCUGGUGAAGAGAAUGGUAAAGAUUACCAUUAUGUUACAAGGGAGUAUAUGCAGGCCAGCAUCGACAAAGGGGAGUUCAUUGAGAGCGCAGUGUUUUCCGGGAACAUGUACGGGACGAGCAGGGCCUCCGUGCAGGACGUCAAGGACAAGAACCUGAUCUGCGUCCUGGACAUCGACAUGCAGGGCGUUAGGGCGGUCAAGACGACAGACCUCAACCCCAUCUACAUCUUCAUCCAACCCCCGUCCAUGAACAUCCUGGAGAAACGUUUAAGAGACCGAGAGACAGAGUCAGAGGAGAGCCUCCAGAAACGUUUGCAUGCUGCCCAGGUGGACAUGGUGAUAAGCAAAGAUCCUGGCAUAUUUGACGUUGUCAUUGUCAAUGACAGUCUUGACGAUGCGUAUGGGAAGUUGAAAGACACUCUUAUUGAGGAAAUCAAAAAAGUCCAGAAAACCAACUUGUCCUCUUAAGCGACGAGAAGCAUGACAUCCAUCCCAGCCAUCCUGGCCACUCCUUACAAAAUGUCAGCCCCUCUAUUCCAAUCCUGAACUUUCUGUCAGAUACUGGUGUGGGAAGGAACUCCAGACAACAUCCCUUGCACCUAGACUUUUGAGUGUGCACUAAGAUCUAGCCUAUGUUUUUACAUAUUGGGAGGAUAUAGGUAGGUAUUAAGAUGAUAAAAACUGUAAGUAGAAGUGGACUAUUUAGCUUUAUUUACUAAUUUGGCACAGUUUUAUUUAUUUUUGUCCACAAAGAAAAACACUCCAUUAAUGGUUAACCUGUGACUGAGAUGGUCCCUAAUAUGUUUUUCUUCUAUGUUUACUGCAUACAGGAGUUUCUGCCAUUUUUUUCCCCUCUUCUGCCCAUUUAGUAGUAUUAUACCCCCAAAGCAUUAACUAUGUUCUCUCUGCUCUUCAACAACAGAAGGCCAUAAUAACAAGACUCAUUCCCACUAAUGGCAGUGUUGUAGUACUCGAGACCACAUUGAGUGUCUCGGUCUUGUCUCAGUUUUGGAUACAUUUGUACUCGGUCUUAACUCAGUCUGGGACCAGCCGAGAUCAGCAGAAUAAAAAAACUCCUAAUUACCAGCUUCCAUUCAGUCAGAGCAUAAAACUGCUUCUCCAGGCCAAAUAUAUACACUCCUUUCUUGAAACAUAAAUACCUUAACAGCUUUUAUAUCUAGUAAACAUGUUUUCUCAGUGGUGAACCUAUAGGCCUUCAGUGUGUGACAGGUUAGUACAGUGGUGAACCUAUAGGCCUUCAGUGUGUGACAGGUUAGUACAGUGGUGAACCUAUAGGCCUUCAGUGUGUGACAGGUUAGUACAGUGGUGAACCUAUAGGCCUUCAGUGUGUGACAGGUUAGUACAGUGGUGAACCUAUAGGCCUUCAGUGUGUGACAGGUUAGUACAGUGGUGAACCUAUAGGCCUUCAGUGUGUGACAGGUUAGUACAGUGGUGAACCUAUAGGCCUUCAGUGUGUGACAGGUUAGUACAGUGGUGAACCUAUAGGCCUUCAGUGUAUGACAGGUUAGUACAGUGGUGAACCUAUUGGCUUUCGGUGUGUGACAUGUUUGUGAUUCUGAAAGGACAGCAACCAUAAUACCAGCACACUCAUGUAUGAGAGUGCACUUUUUGUAAAACACAAUAUGUAGCAAGCUAAAAAACCUGAGCCUAACGUUAGCUAGAUAGCUACACUAACUAGCUGUUGACUGACUGACUUUUCCCCCUCAUCGUUUUUCGGUGGCUAUACACAGAUAGAGAUGCAGGUAUCAUUUGGUUAGCUAGCAAGAACUUGAACAACCGUGUUCGAAAAUUCAUUCUGGCAAAUGGCUCGUUUGUUUAAAGGCCUACUGUGGCUCUGAUUAGCUAUAGCGCACCGGUCUGUGUAGACUCCGAUCCUGGACAAGACAGAUGUUUUUAUUCUGUUUAAUUUAUGGUUUUAUUUACUGCAGUGUCUUAAUUGUCUAAACACACGGCUGCUUUCCCACUCUAUAUUGCUAUGGAAUUUUCACAAAUGCCUUAGUAUACGUAAUUCCCCAAAAAACGUGAAAAUGACCAUAGUGGUUGCUUGUCAGAUUUUUUUGGGGGGUGUGUAUAUGAACACAUUUUUAAUAAGAUUUCAUGUUCCUAAAAUGCUAUCAGUUCCACACUCGCAUUUUUCUGGUCUUGACCCCCUCCCGGUCUUGACUCAGUCCUCAACAUAGGGCAGCUAACAAACAAUCACAAGGCCAGGUGCUUGGGCACUAGCUAAGCACAGGCUAACUCUGGCUCUAAGAUAGUCACACGGAAGCACCAUACGUAUUACAGCUGAUCUCAGGAACUUACUGUAGCCUCGCUGCUGUUUGCUAAUGAUCCUAGUCAUCUUGUGUGUGAAAAGAUAUGUUUGAAGUUUCCCUGUUUUACCAUACUGAUACAAUUAUGAUAAAGUACAAUAUUCAUUCACUCAUAAAACAAAGGAUUGCCAUUUAGGAUUUACAAUCAUGAUGUUAACCUCUGUAUAACAAAGUUACACUUCUGGAGCCCACAACUCACGGUGAUGUAGUCUAACCCCUAAUACAUGUUGUUUUGACAGUUGUAUUGUAAUGGUGUAAAACGUUUGUAUUGUAUGUUUGUUUUACAAUCUCACCUAUAUUAUAAUGAUAUUCAGUUGGCCUUUUUUUGGAAAGGAAAUGUUUGAGUGAGAAUUAAAGAGAUUGAAUAUGAAAUAAAUGGAGCAAAUAUUGGCUCUGUCCUCAGGAGAAUAUAGAAAAGCUUAGAACCAAGCACACAGAGCAUUUGCUUUACUUGAAACUGGUUACAUUGAAUUCCACAAAACCUCUUUGUUCAAGGCAGCCUUCUAAAAAGGCUGCACUUAUUUAUUUUAAGUUUGUCGUUUAACAUGUUUUCCAUUCAGAACCCAAAUUCAGUUCAUUGGUAACUAAUAUGACAUACUCUGGCCCAUGACUCUUAAACUCCAUAGCUUCUUGUCCUCUGUUAUUUGAUCUCCCUUUGAACAAAACAUUCCUUCCUUUGCACAAAUUACUUAUUGAAAUAUAUUUAUUUAACUUUUUCACUCUGAACAGCUUUUUAAUGGUGCAAAUGUUAUACCACUGCUUUGAAUGUGUCAUCUUUGGCCAAAUAUUGACAAUUUACCCAGCCUUCAACGAGUCCUUGUUUAAUAAUAUGUAUUUCUAGUAACAUUUUAUGUAUUUUACAAGUGUAGUCAAGUAAAUUAAUAAAAAUGUUUUGCCUGGA